AUGGAGCCGCUGAGCCACCGCGGCCUGCCUCGCCUCUCCUGGAUCGACACUCUCUACAGCAACUUCAACUAUGGUGCGGACGAGUACGACGCCGAGGGCAACGAGGAGCCCAAGGCUCUGCCGGAGGGCUCGGAAACCAUGCCCUACAUCGAUGAGUCGCCCACCAUGUCCCCCCAGCUCAGCGCCCGCGGCCAGGAGAGCGGGGACGGUGUCUCACCCACGCCCACCGAUGGCCUCGGCACAGGGCGGGAUGCUGGCAAAGGCCUGGAGAUGCGGAAGUUGGUGCUCUCGGGUUUCCUGGCCAGUGAAGAGAUCUACAUCAACCAGCUGGAGGCCCUCUUGUUGCCCAUGAAGCCACUGAAGGCCACGGCCACCACGUCGCAGCCUGUCCUCACCCUCCAGCAGAUCGAGACAAUUUUCUACAAGAUCCAGGAUAUCUAUGAGAUCCACAAGGAGUUCUAUGACAGCCUGUGCCCAAAGGUGCAACAGUGGGACAGCAACGUCACCAUGGGCCACCUCUUCCAGAAGCUGGCCAGCCAGCUGGGGGUCUACAAAGCCUUUGUGGAUAACUACAAAAUUGCAUUGGAGACGGCAGAGAAGUGCAGCCAGAGCAACUACCAGUUCCAGAAGAUCUCAGAGGAGCUGAAGGUGAAGGGCCCCAAGGACUCGAAGGAGAGCCACACAUCCGUCACCAUGGAGGCGCUGCUGUACAAACCCAUUGACCGGGUGACACGGAGCACCCUCGUCCUGCACGACCUCCUCAAGCACACCCCAGCUGACCACCCUGACUACCCGCUGCUCCAGGAUGCCCUCCGCAUCUCCCAGAACUUCCUCUCCAGUAUCAAUGAGGACAUUGACCCCCGGAGGACAGCAGUCACCACCCCCAAGGGCGAGACCCGGCAGCUCAUCAAGGAUGGCUUCCUGGUGGAGCUGUCAGAGGGCUCACGGAAGCUGCGGCACGUCUUUCUCUUCACCGACGUGCUGCUCUGUGCUAAGCUGAAGAAGACAGCAGUGGGGAAGCACCAGCAGUACGACUGCAAAUGGUACGUGCCCCUGGCCGACCUGGUGUUCCCCUCGCCGGAGGAGUCGGAGCAUUGCCCGCAGGUCCACGUCAUCCCAGACCAUGAGCUGGAGGACAUGAAGAUGAAGAUCUCAACCAUCAAGAGCGAGAUGCAGAAGGAGAAAGCCAACAAAGGGCAGAGCCGCGCCAUUGAACGCCUCAAGAAGAAGAUGUUUGAGAACGAAUUCUGGCUGCUCCUCAACUCCCCUGCCAUUCCCUUCCGCAUCCACAACCGCAACGGGAAGAGCUACCUCUUCCUGCUCUCCUCUGACUAUGAGCGGUCCGAGUGGAGGGAGGCCAUCCAGAGACUGCAGAAAAAGGACCUCCAGGCCUUUGUCCUGAGCUCCGUGGAGCUGCAGGUACUCACAGGAUCCUGCUUCAAGCUACGCACUGUCCACAACAUCCCAGUCACCAGCAACAAGGAUGAUGAUGAGUCCCCAGGGCUUUAUGGGUUCCUGCACGUCAUCGUCCACUCCGCCAAGGGCUUCAAGCAAUCGGCCAACCUCUACUGUACACUGGAGGUGGACUCCUUUGGCUACUUCGUCAGCAAAGCCAAGACCAGGGUGUUCCGGGAUACCACAGAGCCGCAGUGGAAUGAGGAGUUUGAGAUCGAGCUGGAGGGCUCCCAGUCCCUGCGCAUCCUCUGCUAUGAGAAGUGCUAUGACAAGACCAAACUCAACAAGGACAAUAACGAAAUUGUGGACAAGAUCAUGGGCAAGGGGCAGAUCCAGCUGGACCCACAGGCUGUGCAGACGAAAAACUGGCACAUGGAUGUGAUUGAGAUGAACGGGAUUAAGGUGGAGUUCUCCAUGAAGUUCACAAGCAGGGACAUGAGCCUGAAGAGGACGCCAUCCAAAAAGCAGACUGGUGUCUUCGGGGUCAAAAUCAGCGUCGUGACAAAGCGCGAGCGCUCCAAGGUGCCUUACAUCGUGCGCCAGUGCAUCGAGGAGGUGGAGAAAAGGGGCAUCGAAGAGGUGGGCAUCUACAGGAUCUCUGGAGUUGCCACUGACAUUCAGGCUUUGAAAGCUGUCUUUGAUGCCAAUAACAAGGACAUCCUGGUGAUGCUGAGUGACAUGGACAUCAAUGCCAUCGCUGGCACGCUGAAGCUGUACUUCCGUGAGCUGCCCGAGCCCCUCCUCACUGACAGACUCUACCCUGCCUUCAUGGAGGGGAUUGCCCUCUCAGAUCCUGCUGCCAAGGAGAACUGCAUGAUGCACCUUCUCCGCUCACUGCCUGACCCCAAUCUCAUCACCUUCCUCUUCCUGCUGGAGCACUUGAAAAGGGUGGCUGAAAAGGAGCCUAUCAACAAAAUGUCUCUCCACAAUCUGGCCACGGUCUUUGGGCCAACACUGCUGAGACCCUCAGAGGGGGAGAGCAAGGCACACCUCACCUUGGCCUCUGACAUCUGGUCCCACGAUGUGAUGGCCCAGGUCCAGGUCCUUCUCUACUACCUGCAGCAUCCUCCCAUCUCCUUCACUGAGCUCAAACGCAACACACUUUACUUCUCCACGGACGUGUAGCCUGCAGGCAGAAGGCACCAGCUGCAAACACUCCAG